AUGCCCUACCAACCAAAUCACAUCUUCAAGGGUGUCGUCACCAAAGUCGGAGUCAUGAGGAAGACUGCUACCGUCACUGUCGAACGGACGUUUGAACAUCCUAAAAUUCUGAAAGAGGUCAAGAGACAUAAGAAGUAUCUGGCCCACGACGAAGGAGAAGUGUCCAGACUAGGAGACAAAGUUACCAUCAUCCACGGCACCCGUACAUCCAAAUCUAAAUCUUUCCGUCUUCACUCCAUCCUCUCACGCGACACCCACAAAUUCCCCAACGACCCUAUACCCUCUGUCAUUCCCCCGCCAGCGCUGAGUGGGAGACAAAUUAGGAAGGCGGCAGCGGCUGAGGGUGGUUCUGGAAAGGUGGUGGAGGCGCUGAAGGAGGCUGGACUGUAG